GCGAUGUGUGACUGCUUCUGCGGGUUACGGCUGCUCUAAAACGGCGAAUUUAGACCAGACCAGGCUUGAAGAUGCAUUAAGACGGCUUUCCCAUCAAAAUAAAUUAGAAACAUGCAGGUGUCGGACUCCAUGCCAGCCCACAUAUGUACUUCAUCCUGAAUGCUGGUCCAGGAGGUACACACCGCAGCAUGUUAUUGUGAGGAGAGAACAUAUUAGGGCAGGAUGCAGUCUUCAAACCACCGACUGCGAGAUAUGGAGCAGCACCACCCGCUGCUGUCGGCAGGUUCAGAUGUUGAGACGGGAAGCCUGGCAACCGGAGUGAUGGUUGGUCCCCACACUGGCCACACAGGGGGGAACCGCACCAUGUGGUUCAUUCAGGACAGCUGUGGGAUGGUGUGUGCAGGCAUAACCUGGUUCCUGGUGCUGUACGCUGAAUUCGUGGUGAACUUUGUCAUGCUGCUGCCGAGCAAGAACUUCUGGUACUCGCUGCUGAACGGGGCCACCUUCAACUCCCUGGCUGUACUCGCAUUGGCCUCACAUAUGCGCACCAUGCUGACUGACCCGGGUGCGGUUCCUAAGGGUAACGCAACCAAAGAGUACAUGGAGAGCUUACAGCUGAAGCCUGGUGAGGUCAUCUACAAGUGCCCAAAGUGCUGCAGCAUCAAGCCUGAGAGGGCACACCACUGCAGUAUUUGUAAAAGAUGUAUCCGGAAGAUGGAUCACCACUGUCCCUGGGUCAAUAACUGCGUGGGAGAAAAGAAUCAGAGAUUCUUUGUACUUUUCACUAUGUACAUAGCUUUGAUUUCUGCCCAUGCCCUGGGCCUCAGUGGUAUGCACUUCUUCACCUGUAUUAAAGUCCAGUGGAACGAGUGCAGUGACUUCUCUCCAGGGGUGUCUGUGCUGCUGCUGAUCUUCCUCUGUCUCGAAGCCAUCCUCUUCCUCACUUUCACAGCUGUAAUGUUUGGUACUCAGCUCCACUCCAUCUGCAAUGACGAGACGGAGAUUGAACGUCUUAAAAAUGAGAAGCCGACAUGGGAGCGCCGCAUGAGAUGGGAUGGAAUGAGAGCUGUAUUUGGGGGUUCGCCCUCGCUGCUGUGGUGCAAUCCAUUCACAGGCCUGCGUCUGCGGCGCCUGUUGCUGUUGACCCAAGGUCGCCGCGGCGGGUCUGAGUUCUCAGUCUGAGAGCAGGGUGGAGUGAUGCAGCUCACCAACACUUGACCGUCUCCAAAAGCAAGAUCUCUUGUAUAUCCUCCUCGGAUGGGGCAAGGACGGACCUCUGCUCCCUGAGGCCGUGCUUCAAGUGUGGGUGACGGGGAGUUGGGCUGCUCCAGUGGGACCCCAGUCAACCACCACUGAAAGUUUGUAUUCUCACAAGCUGAUGUAGACCCAAGUCCUUUGGUCUGCACAAGUAUUCUGACCAACUGGAUUAUUGUUUCUAACAAGAGCAGAUGUUUUGGUUUGUUUGUGUGUUUUUAGGUAAAGCAUGCAGUUCUCUAACUCAAGUGAGUCUUUUAUUCCUUGGGAGACGUCCAAGGUGCUGUUUGAACUCAACUCAUGCACCCUAAGUACACAGCUCCAGCAGUUUGUUUUCCUUUGCUGCGCACAUAAGAUUCGAGACUACUGUUUGAAUCAGCAACAUAUCUUUCAUCUUCACUGGACCCAGACAAGUGGAUAUAAAUGUGGGGAAAUGCUUGAAUCGCGUUGCGUUGGACCCAGACAAAGGAAUAACAGUCAAGGACAUACACUACUUACAUAGCACUUGAGAGAGCGUCUGGAUAUGGAGCACAGUGCUGCCUUGAUUUGCAUGUGUAACAGCUCAAUCAGUCAGCAACUCAGCCAGGAAAUGAGGCUUUCAUUAUCUUCAAAUGAAUGAACAGGCUACUGUGAACACAAGCCUCAUUCUUAUUCAAGAGGACAGAGUGGUGUUUCUUGUCUGUUCAUCUUCUUUGUCGUGAUUUCCUUCUUUAGGUUGGAAUUGUUGAUUCUUUAGCUUACUCAGGCCAGUAGAAAUGGAUUGUCCUUUUUUUAAAAUAACUGCUGAAGCUUCUAUACCUUUCGUCGCAGAGAUGACAACUGUUGUACCGAAACUUCAUUUAGAUUUAAAAAAAAACUGCCCAAAAAAAACAGUUUUGUAUUAGUUGUACGUAUGUGUCCAUAAAUUCGCCAUCCCACCACUCCUACAUGCUGCUCCACGUCUCGUUCUCUACAAAUGAUCAGUGACCCC